GGCUUCAGAUUGAGAGAUUCUGAUUCAGAUUCAGAUUCAGCACUGAAAGCUCUGGCCGCAACAGCGUUGGUCUACUGUGCUUGUCGCAAUGAAUACACUGCCAAAUUGUGGCUCUCGCACUAGUAAUUCGAGAGCACCUCUAGAAACUCGGUGGUUCGAUGACUGUUUCUUUAGGUUCGGAGGGGCCGCGGCCGCGGCCGCGGCCGCCGAGUCCAAACUCGCCGCCGUCUUGCGCUGAUUUGUACGGGAGGCGCCGCCAGCUUGCUAGGGUUCAGUUCCUGGAGAGGGAGAUCGCUAUUCUGCAGGAUGAAUUGAAUUCACUUGAAGACCUGCAACUUGCUUCUAGAUGCUGCAAAGAGGUUGGUGAAUUCAUAGAAGCAAGGGCAGAUCCUCUUCUAUCUAUAGAUCAGGAGAGCUCUAGGUCGUGGUACUUCUGGAAGAGGGGGAAGUCUUGUUUAAAAUGGAUUUGCUGCUUUGGGUGGCCAAUCUGCUUCGCUUCUUGUUCAUCGGGCAAGUCCAUCAAGCCUGGCAGUUGCUGCUUGGAGAAGUCUGGCAAUAGAUGUUGCUGCCAUUGCGAAAUUUCGUCUGCGCUCUGCUCUUGGCCCUCCUCGUGUACGAAGGUGAAGCUUUGUUCCAAAUGCGCCAGAAACUGUUGUAUUCCUUGUUAUUACUAGAACUGUUCGGUGUUCCACCACUUGUGACUGUUCUUUCCUGUUAACUUUUAAAAGAAGCUUCGGGCCACAUAAAUUCAUUUAUUAGUGUGUCAACAGCUGUUAAGAGUUAUCUAUUUAAGCUUCAGGCCACGUAAAUUUGAGCAAGUAUUUAUAAUACUUGGCUUAUUU